AUGGCAACCGUCGCCGCGCCGCGCCUGCUCCUUCGCCUCCUGGGCCAGGCCGCCGCGGGGGCCUCGCCGGGCCGAAGCUGCGGCUGUCAUCUCCGGCAGGAGGCCCGCCGGCUCCACCUCACCGCGUCUCGGAAUGAAGCCGUUGUCAUUUCUGGGAGGAAACUGGCCCGGCAGAUCAGACAAGAAGCCCGCCAUGAAGUGGAGCAGUGGGUGGCAGCUGGAAACAGAAGGCCUCACCUCAGCGUGGUUCUUGUGGGUGAAAAUCCUGCAAGCCACUCCUAUGUCCUGAACAAGACCAAAGCUGCAGCUGAUGUUGGAAUCAGUAGCGAAACAAUCCUGAAACCAGCCUCCAUCACGGAAGACGAGUUGCUUGAUUUAAUUGUGAAACUGAAUGAUGACACCAAUGUAGACGGUCUGCUGGUGCAGCUCCCUUUACCUGAACAUAUCGAUGAGCGAAAGGUCUGCAACGCUGUAAACCCUGAAAAAGAUGUCGACGGCUUCCAUGUCGUCAACGUGGGCCGGAUGUGUCUGGACCAAUACUCCAUGCUACCUGCAACGCCUUGGGGCGUGUGGGAAAUCAUCAAGAGAACUGGAAUCCCAACCCUGGGCAAGAACGUUGUUGUUGCUGGCCGAUCGAAGAAUGUUGGCAUGCCCAUUGCGAUGCUUCUGCAUACGGAUGGCAGACAUGAGCGUCCUGGAGGGGAUGCGACAGUCACCAUCUCUCACCGCUAUACCCCAAAGGAACAGCUCAAGCAGCAUACAAUUCUUGCUGACAUCGUCGUUGCAGCUGCAGGCAUUCCUAAUCUGAUUACAGCAGACAUGAUCAAAGAAGGAGCUGCUGUGAUCGACGUCGGCAUAAACAGAGUCCAGGAUCCUGUUACUGCCAAACCAAAGCUGGUUGGAGAUGUGGAUUUUGAAGGUGUGAAGCAGAAAGCCAGCUACAUCACUCCGGUGCCAGGUGGGGUUGGGCCCAUGACCGUUGCCAUGCUGAUGAAGAACACCAUCAUUGCCGCGAAGAAAAUGCUGAGGCCCCGAGAACUCGAAGCACUGACCUCUUAAUGGCGGACUUUUCCAUGUCGAACAGCAACAUUCCAAAUCUCCCAGACCACAGGCUGAUAGCGAUGCAAUAUUUAUUUGCUGGAAUAUUUAUUUAAAGCAAUUGUGUUUGAUGGCAGAGAGCCUCCACCCUAAACCAAUGUGUGGCAAUUCCUACCAUUAAGCUACUGUAUUUAAAUGCAGGACCCUGGUUGAGA